UUUAAAACAGCCAUCCAGUACCAUCAACGUCAUCUAGAAAUUGCUAAAGAAGUGGGAGACAAGGCCGGAGAGGGAGCAAGUUAUGGCAAUCUCGGCAACGCUUAUGGCAGUCUACGACAUCUAAGACAGUUUAAAACAGCCAUCCAGUACCAUCAACGUCAUCUAGAAAUUGCUAAAGAAGUGGGAGAUAAGGCCGGAGAGGGAAGAAGUUAUUGUCUUCUCGGCAGGAUUCAUUACGGUCAAAGAGAGUUCAAAACAGCUAUUGAGUGUUUUCAACGUCACCUAGAAAUAUCCAAAGAAGUGGGAGAUAAGACUGGAGAGGCGUGCUCACUCUGUUCCCUUGGAAGCAGUUUUGAGUGCCAAGGAAAUCUUAUGAUGGCCUUUGACUGUUAUCACUCGAGUGUACAGUUGUAUGAUGAUAUCAGGGCCAGUCUUCAACUCAACGAUCAGUGGAAGAUUUCUUAUCGUAAUCAGCACCAAAGUGCAUACAAAGGUUUGUGGCGUAUAAAUCUCGAUCAAGGUCAAGUUGUAAAGGCUCUUCUUGCCGCAGAGAAAGGACGUGCUCAAGCUCUGAGAGAUCUCAUGACCACAAAAUAUCAGCCUGGAGAUUCUUCAACGCACAGCACAUCUCUGAGUUGGGUUCCAUUGAGCACAGUUAUCAUAGCUAUUAAUGGACCAUGCGUUUACUUAUGGGUUUGCCUCAGUGAAGAUAACAUCCAGAUGAGACAGGUACACGUCAACAAUUAUAAGUAUGAGGAUGAAUUGGAAUGUUUCACCAAGCUACUGAACAAAACUGCUCUGAAGGAGAUCGGUGCAAGAGAUACUGUUCCAAUCGAAAAUCCUCCGCUUGAUUCGCCGACAGAAGAGAAAGUGGCCAAUCAAGUGAUCCCAGUUGAUGUGAGGCACUCCCAAUCAAGUGCUUUAAAGAAGCUGCAUGACAUCAUCGUUGCUCCUAUCGCUGACCUGAUCGAAGGCAACGACGAGAUCACAUUUGUUCCUGAGGGGCCAUUUUGCCUUGUGCCUUAUGCAGCGCUGCAGGACUCUGACUCAUCAUAUCUGAGUGAUUCUUUCAGAAUUCGUGUCCUUCCCUCUCUGACGACGUUGAAACUAAUUCAUGAUUGUCCAGCUGACUUUCACAUGAAGACUGGUGCAUUGCUUGUCGGCGAUCCAUGUUUUAAACAUAUCAUCUAUCAAGGAAGUCUUUUGGUGCAACUUCCAGGAGCAAGGAAAGAAGUGGAGAUGAUCGGACGUAUCCUCCAUGUUUCCCCCCUCACUGGACAAAUGGCAACAAAAGAUGAAGUGUUAAAACGAAUAUCAUCAGUGGCGUUAAUUCACAUUGCAGCGCACGGUAAACUGGAAACUGGAGAAGUUAUCCUGGCACCAAACACCACAAGAGAAAACCCUCAGCCGCAAGAGAAAGACUAUCUACUGACGAUGAAAGACGUCAUAGAAGCUGGGCUAAGAGCACGUCUGGUUGUACUCAGCUGCUGUCACACUGCUCGUGGGGAGGUCAUGGCAGAGGGUGUGGUCGGUAUGGCGCGUGCACUUUUGGGUGCCGGUGCUAGAUCUGUUGUGGCAACCUUGUGGGCGAUUGACGACGAGGGAACCCUGGAGUUCAUGAGUUUCUUCUACGAUGCACUUGCCAAAGGCAAGAGGGCAAGUGAAGCUCUCAAUCAGGCCAUGAAGUGUAUGAGAGAAAUUGAAAAGUUCAAGAAGGAGAUUUACUGGGCACCAUUUGUACUCAUUGGUGACGACGUCAACCUGGAUUUCAAGGAUAUUUAG